AAUUGCUCAGCAUCUAAGGGUGGUGGUAAACUUGGGAACGGAGAGAGGCAAAUAGAAAGGGAAGCGGCGAAGAUGGUGGGUUUGAAGCGAAUGAUACGACGGCGCUCCAGUCUCCGUGACUACGUUGUGGGUUUCGUAGCGGAGAAGGUUCAUUGUCAUUGUCCUCUUCCCUCGCAGCAUUUGGCACGCCUCACCCCCAAACGCUUCCUCGAUCUUCACCAGUUUGUAAAUAAGAAAGCAAUCGAGGAGGAGCGCGCUCGACUUGGAGAUGAAAUGAAGAGGGGAUACUUUGCCGAUAUGGCUGAGUUCAAACAGCAUGGUGGUAAGAUUGGUGUAGCUAAUAAAGUGAUAAUACCUGCAAUGGCAGCUGUGAAGUUUCCUGAUCUUGAAGUCAGCUUCUCGGAUGGUAAAACAAUGAAGCUUCNUAUCCGUGUUUCUGAUCUUGCAGUUGGUUCUGAUAAAUCUUCUGUCCCCAAGGCAUCUUUGGUUUGUCUUUCAUUUCGAGCAAGCUCCCAGGAAAUGAUCAACUCUUGGAGUGAACCUUUUCUUGAAGCAUUUAGAAAAUCAAAAGGUGUUCAUUUAUACCAGGUAUCAUUUAUAGAUUCGUGGCUUUUGUGUCGGCCUCCUAUAAAACGUUUCCUUCUCUGGACAAUGAAGAAGCCUAAUAAUCAUGAAAGCAAAGAUACACUUGAGAAGCAUAUGGUCUACUCAUUCGGUGACCACUAUUAUUUCAGAAAAGAACUUCAGAUAUUGAAUCUUCUAACAGGGUAUAUCUUUCUACUUGAUAAUUUCGGUAGAGUAAGAUGGCAAGGCUUUGGGUUGGCAAAAGAAGAUGAAAUAUCUUCUCUUCAUUCUUGCACAUCACUUCUUCUGGAUGAGAAAUGAGAUACUGAGUAUGAUGGAUAUGAAUGAGUCGUGCAAUUUUAACUAGUGACAUUUGCGGGGACUGGAAAUUGUAACCCAAGGCGUGAUGAUAAAUAGAGUACAUUUUUUCAAUA